AGACCUAUUAAAUCUUGUCAAACAAAUAAAUCAUCCGUUUUCGAUUUGCAUCAACACCGUUAAGCUUCUCCUCCCUCUCCCCGAGUUAUUUUCUUAUUUCUUCUCUUCACAUUUAACCUGUUUAGUCUUAUUCAACCUCGAAUUGAAAUAUCUCACCACCUUAGCAAGCUUCCGCCAUCUCUAUUUUUGUAUUUGUAUCCAUAGCCGUAUACAUUGUCCAACAUGGCACGCAAGUUCUUCGUCGGCGGCAACUUCAAGAUGAACGGGACUAUCUCGUCCAUCACGGAAAUUGUCGAGAACUUAAACAAAGCUCAGCUGGACCCCAACACUGAGACUGUCAUAGCUCCACCAGCCCUCUACCUCCUCCUCGUCCGUGAACAUGCCAAGAAGGAAAUUGGUGUUGCCGCGCAGAAUGUCUUCGAUAAACCCAACGGUGCCUUCACGGGUGAGAUCUCUGUCUCUCAGCUGAAGGAUAGUGGCAUCGACUGGGUCAUUCUCGGCCACUCUGAACGGCGGACUAUCCUAGCCGAGAGCGACCAGGUUGUUGCUUCCAAGACCAAGUAUGCUACUGAGAAUGGAGUUAGUGUCAUCUGGUGCUGUGGCGAGUCCUUGGAUCAACGGGAGGCUGGCAAGACUCUUGAGGUAAUCGCCUCCCAGCUCGCGGCCCUGAAGGCCCAGGUCUCGGACUGGAGCAAGAUUGUUAUUGCCUACGAGCCUAUCUGGGCCAUUGGUACCGGCAAAGUUGCUACCACCCAGCAGGCACAGGAGGUCCACGCUUCCAUCCGGGCUUGGCUGGCCAAGGAAGUGAGCGAGGCCGUUGCCGACCAGACUAGAAUCCUAUAUGGCGGCAGUGUCAGUGAGAAGAACUGCAAAGACCUGAGCAAGGAAAAGGAUAUUGACGGCUUCCUCGUCGGCGGUGCUAGUCUUAAGCCUGCAUUUGUGGACAUCAUCAACAGCAAAUUAUCGUGAAAGAGAUGAGCUAGAGAAGUUAGCAAUCAGCCACGACAUACGAGGAAGGCGAUGUGACGCCUAAGCCCGAGCAUGAGCUGUAAAAGCCUAGGCAGUGGUUUCACCUGUUCGCUUGUUUGCUUGUUCGCUAUACCAAGCUGAAAAUAUCACAAGAUAAAAU